AUCAUCUUCAUCAGCUCAAGCCUUCUCCUUUUAGCAAUCACGCCAAACCCUUUCACUACCCUUCUCGAGCUCACUUCUCUUUGUUUCUCACAAGGCCAACAUGGGAGUCAUCACCUACUCGCACGAGGUCACAAGCACCGUCCCACCAUCGAAGCUGUUCAAGGCUUUGGUCCUCGAGUCGCACAAGUGCCUACCCAAGAUUGUUCCCGACGGCAUCAAGAGCGUUGAGUUCAUCGAGGGAGAUGGAGGAGUUGGCAGCAUCAAGAAAACCAACUUCGUUGAAACCUCCCACAUCAAGUAUACGAAGCACAAGAUCGAUGCUCUCGACGCGGGUAACUUUUACUGCAAAUAUACUAUGAUCGAGAGCGACGUCAAGUUCGACAAGAUCGAGUUUGUCGAGGAAGAAAUGAAGUUCGUCGCGUCUGGCAGCGGAUGCGUCUGCAAGAUGACCAGCCAUUACCAUGUCAAGGAAGGUUGUGAGCUCAAGGAGGAGGAGAUCAAGAAGGGCAAAGACAAAGCUAUGGGAUUGUUCAAGGCUGUUGAGGAGUACCUCAUCGCCCAUCCCGAUUGUUGCGCCUAAAUGCUCCUUUUAUGAAGAUCCUUUUCGUGUGAUGAUACAGUAAAGUGAGUUGAAAGUAUUGUGUUGUAUCUUCUUCUUCCCCUUUGGCUCUGCCUCGGAGCUUUGGGGCAAGGAAAAAAGUUUUUAUGUUGUGGUUCGUAUGUUGUCAAGGGUUUGAUGGUUGUGUGUAAGGCAAGAAAAUAAAGGAGCAAUCCAAUGAACAUUGGAUUUUGCCCAAGAAAAGAUCUCCCUUUGUGGUCAUGAAGGUGAAUUUUUACUUAAUUUAUGCAUUUCCUAAGCUUUUUUAAAUUCAUUUUGAUUAAUAAAAGUAAAAUUUUCCACU